GCAUCCUACAUAAGGCGCCGCCCGCGUGAAGAGGACGCCAGCGGCUGCUUCCACGCUGUGCGCCGGACCAUGGAGCUUCCCCUGCUGUGUGCGCUGCUGGUGCUGACUUGUGGGACUCCAGCCCAGGGCGGGAUGUGGAACCUGAACAAGAUGAUCACACAAGUGACCGGGAAGAGAGCCAUCACCUCUUAUUGGCCCUAUGGCUGUCACUGUGGACCUGGUGGCAAAGGCACACCCGUGGACGCUACGGAUAGGUGCUGCCAUACGCACGACUGCUGCUACAUUCACCUGAAGCUCCACAACUGCCGCUUCAUCGGGGACCACUACAAGUACAACUUUUCCCAGGAGGACGUCCAGUGCUAUGACAAAGGGAGCUGGUGUGAGCAGCAGUUGUGCGACUGUGACAAGGAGGUGGCCUUCUGCCUGAAGCGCAACUUGGGCACCUACAACAAGAAGCUGCGUUUCGCCCGGUUCUCCAAGUCCAGAUGCAAGGAUCAAUCCCCUAUGUGCUAGGAGAAGCCUGCCCAGCUGUCCCACGCCCCCUGCCCCGGCCCUUGGAAGUCCGGCAGGGUUGUUGACGCCCCUGACCCCGGGGAAGCUGACCUCCUGAACCGGCCUGGCUCCUUUAACUCACUCCCUAGAAGAGGGAGGGUCUCGGCUUCCUUCCCACCACCCACCUGGCCUCUUGGACCUUCUAAAUCUUCCCAACCUAGGCAGCAGCUCUCUGCUUUGAGGGUGGCUUGGGAUCUUUGGCAAAGCCAGAGCCAGGGAGUCCUGGGGGAUGGGGGUGGAGCAGAAGCAGCAGGUGUUGGGGGCGGGGCCUGGGGGCCGAGGAGCGGCAGGUUCUCCCCGCCUGUGACACCCACUCGCCAGGCCUCCCAGUCCCAUCCCUCUCCUCCAGUCCACUGUCCACGCUGCAGCCGGAGCGGCCUCUCUGAGGGCAACACGGAUCUUUCCACCCUCGUGACUCUGCUUCUUAAACCCCUAAGACCUUCUAUCACCCGAGGACAGGGCCUCUUGCAGGAGUAUGGGACCUGCACUGCCUGUGCUGUACCCCUCUCUGUACUGGGCUCGGGGGUCCUGCCUGGUGGGCCCCGUGCCUGUCUCAGGCUCAUCUGCACCCCUGGUACCCAGCGCAGUGUCAGAAAGAGGCUCCAUGAACGCCUCUGCCGUGGAAGGCUGGAGCAAGGCCCUGCUGCUCGUGCUCCAGGCCCGCGAACACAGGCCACGUGUCCUCCAGGCUCCUUCCUCUCCCGCUCCCAGGCCUUGGCUCCGUUGGGCUCUCUGCGGAAAUGCUCCCCUUGCCUUCUCCGGGGGCCUACGUCCUCCCCGGGCUCCUCAGCAGGCUCCAAAGGAGUCUCCGAGGCUGAGUCCUCCCCGGCUCCAAGGCCUCCCUCCCUCCUCUGAGCUCCUGCCGUAGCACUUUUUGGGUCUGCAAUUUACCAAACUUCACCUUGAGGGCUAGACCCUUGUCUGGACUUCUCUGAGCUCCCCCUACUAGACUGGAGCUCCCAGGCAAUGGAGGCCACGCUGUCACAGCUGUGUUUCCUCCGCUCCUCCACAUCGUAGGUGCUCCAUUAGUGCUUACUCAUUGAAUGGGCCCAUAACGGGUACGUGGUGGUGGCGGCAGAUGUCGCUGGUGUCCCACUCAGAUCCCCUCGUGGCCCAGUCCCCCAGCGAAGCCGGAUGCUGGCUCUGAAGUGCUCACGUCUGCCUGACUCUCUUAAGGAAUGACCUCAUCUGCUGGGAGCUGCCUUGCCUGUCCGCCCACCCCACCCCACCCCACCGCCUCUAGCCAAUGAGAGUGCAAUGUAACACCACGGAGGGUAUAACUGCCCACCCCUCCGUCUGCGCAGGACCCUGUGGACCGUACCUUGCAGGUCCAAGAGCUCCUCCUGGGGUCAGGCUGAGGGCAGACUUCUGGAGCCCCCUCUUUGCUUGCUCUGUUCCCACCCACCCCCCAUCCUGUUUUCCUUGUUCCCUUCCAGGUUUCUCCUGAGAGUACUCCCUCAAUAAAUCCUUCCCUUGCA